AUGAAACAAGACAAAGGUGCUAUUUUCAGCGAAGUUGGGAGACAAAAAAAUACAACAGAUAUGUCCGGCUCGUGGUGGCCAACCUUCGUUCAACUUUUGUGCAAUUUACCAUAUCCAGAGAAUAGUUGCCAAAGCCUGGUAUCAACACUAAAAAAAUAUUACCAAGAUAACCCCGCCGAAUUGAAUAAGUUAGAUGAAUUUGAGAGAACAUAUACUCCAGAAACGGCUAUAUGGUGGUAUACCCGCGAUGCAUUUCUCUAUCGUCUUCUAAACAAAGCACUCCGUCAGCACAAUAUUGAGACGCUGUUUUUGUUUGGCUUCUGUGUGAGAGACAUCUACAACCAGCUAAAAAAGGAACAUAAAAAACUAGGUCACAUGCUCGACGAAGAACCAAUAUAUAGAGUUUAUCGAGGACAGAUGAUGUCUUUAGACGAAAUUAAACACCUUGAACGGGGUGCAAACCCAAAUAAUUCUGUGAGGGCAGACUAUAUAGUCGUUAACAGUUUUUUCUCGACUGCUAACGAUCGCUCUAUGGCACUAUUAAUGUUAGAUCCAUUAAUAAAAGCUUCGGAUGAAUUACAAAAUGUUUUAUUUGAAAUAGAAUUAGACGUACGCAAUGAAUCUCGUCCAUUUGCAAAUAUUUCGCAUUUAUCCAACUUUACAAGUGAAAAUGAAGUUUUGCUAAUGGCAGGAAUCGAACUACAAAUUGUCCUAGUGGUUUUUGAUGAUGGGAGCAAGGCCUAUAUAAUGGAAUCAAAAUUGAAUGAAGACGAGAUUGUGACCAUGGAUGACAGUUUUCCUGACAGUACUGAAAAGGAAGUCUUGAAAAACUGUCUCGAUCAAGUUUUAAAAUGUCAUUUUUUAGUUGAUCCGGAAGACUUAGACAUUAUUUUUGACGGAUUGAGACAAAUCUUUCCUUCGGAUGCUGGUUGGUUUGAGGCUUUUAAACACCAGUGCCUUGCAGAUUACGAACUGGUAUCAGAAGAGAAUGCAGGCUCAACAUUCUUCCAUUAUAAAAAAGCGAUUGAAAUUUACAAAAACUAUUUAAAUAACAGAGAUUUGAACUUUGCUGCUAAUAUUGCGUCAAUUCACUAUAGUGUUGGUAGCAUUUAUGCAAGCCAGGUAUAUGAUCGCCAAUCAGCAGCGAAUCAUUACGAUCUGGGUAUUCAGUGCGUCACUUCUUCUCUUCGGAAGACAACAAAACCAAAACAUUUAACUGAGUUAUAUAAAAUUAUAGGUGAUCUUUAUCGAAGUAAACCAUCAAACCUUAACAAAAAAAAAUCAAAUGAGAACAGUUUAAAUGCUAACAAAUACCGUCAACUGCAGCUGCAAGAAAUGCUAAAAUGCUAUUCGCCAGACCAUAUAAAACUAGCAGACUGCUUUUAUGAUUUGGCUCACCAACAAAACUCAAAUUCUUUAUUCGAAGAAGCAGUAAAACGUUUUGGGAAAGCUAUCGAAAUACACUAUUCGCAACGUUGGCCAAGGUUUGACGUUAUCAAGUCUAUUUAUAAAGAACUAAGCGAAAUUUUUAUUACAGAGAAGAAAGAUUAUACUCAUGCACUUUAUUAUAAACAGAAGCAACUUGAGACAGUGGAAGACCAUUUGAAAACCGAUUAUCAAAAAUCGUGGAAAAUGAGUCAGCUUGCAGAAUGUCACAUUGAACUGGCUGAUAUUUAUGUCAAACUUAAUCGAUUAGAAUCUGCCAAUGAAAAUUUACUAGUAGCAAAAACUAUCUGGGAAAACAAAGAUGACACGGAUAAAGACCGCAAGAUUAAGGAAAUUAACGAAAAGUUAGAAUACAUAGCAUCGCUUUCAUGA